CAGUUUAUCAAUUCCGAUCAUGACCUCCAGAGUGCUUCCAGCUCUUAACUCCUGGGCAUCCUUUCAGGUUUUAUAAAAGUGCUUUCUCUUCAUUGUUCAAACUAUUAAUGGAAAGGUUGAACAGAAACAGACCCGGGCUGAACUCCCAGAGCUCAUACACAAGGAUUUCUCUUGUGGUGACAGGGAAUUGCUGAUAGCUACCCCUCAAGUGUGCGGGGUUGAGUUGCUUUGGUUGGUCUUUUUUUUUCUUACUAAUGAGCACUGGGCCUCAUGAAGGUGAGCUCACCCAGACCCAGCUCCUCUGGCUUUUGAAAGCAUCAGAUGGAUAGAGUGAAAAGCCUGCUUUGUGCUGGUCAGAGGUGUGAUGGGCAGGUCUCCGUAGUGGGGGACUGUGCUCUCCCUCUGAAGGCUCAGGUGAUUUUUAAGAGCUUUCAUGAACUUUGUUCACCUGAGGCUUCUUGCUGACGCUUGCUGGGACUGGCACAGCUCCGAGACAAUCCUCAGCCCUUCUUCCCGCUCAGAGCUGCCUCAGCAGUGGGCUGUGCAGGGCGGAAGUUGUGUCCAGCAUCUCCUGCUCCCCUUUUCUCUCCAUAGGUCUGUCCUCAGUUGAGAGUUAGGCUUGUCUGUAUGUGGCUAAGGUAGCAAAAAUGCAUUUUUCUCCUCAAGCAAUUCCAAGUUCCUUGUGUGGUUGCUCUUCUCUGGAAAAGAUAAAACUACUUGUUCUGGAGAAAUUAAUGACACUCAUUUUUAUUCCUAAAUAGCGUGUCACAGUGGGUGUGGUUGCAGGAUACCUCAUUGCACCAGGCCUCUGUUGUCACCUCAGUGCCAGCUGCUUAAGGAAGAGGAGUUACUUGAGCUGAAAUAGAUGUCACUGGAUUAAACGUCACUGGCCAAGCAGGACCAGCUCUACCCUCCCUGAGUUCUGCUGGUGACAAUGUCUCCUUGGGCCGGGCUCCUCUCCACCACUGCCAGAGUCAGCCUGCUGCUGCUGCUGGGGUCGGUUCUCUUCUCCUGCUCCAGCCUGGGCCACAGAGUGUCUGAGUUUGCCCUUACAAAAAUAGAAGAGAGCGACAUAAAAGAUGACAGUGGGAAGGAGCCGGGGACAGAGGAUGACACUGAUCCUGAAGACCUGGAAGUGUUUUACCCCACAGAUCAGUGGCAAACCCUGCGUCCAGGUCAGGCUGUUCCUGCCGGGUCACACGUGCGGCUGAACCUGCAGACAGGAGAGAGAGAAGCCAAGCUCCCAGACAGAGAAAAUGGGGAAAGUGACACGAGAGAAGACAGAAGGAGGAAAAGGCUGGGCCAGGUUGAUAUCGAUGCAAAUUCAUUCACAUCUGAGGAGCUCAAAAAGGCCUUGGCUAAAAUGAAGGAAAGUGAGAAGGCAGAAAGGAAGGCCCGAGAGGAAGAGGUGAGGAAGAAGUUCCGGCCCAUAGAGCAGCUGAAGGAGGAGUUUGAAAAGCUGAACAUGAAGAUAGAAACAGAUUAUGAAACUAUGGUUAAAUUAAUCAGCAAAUUCAACAGCUCUGCCUCCACGCUGGAUGAAAAAGUCGCGGCGCUUUAUGAUCUCGAAUAUUAUGUUCACCAGGUGGACAAUGCCAAGGAUUUCCUGUCCAUGGGUGGGCUCCGGCUGGUGAUUGAGGGGCUGAACAGCAGCGAGGCCUCGCUGAAGGAACACGCUGCCUUCGUCCUGGGAGCUGCCCUGUCCAGCAACCCCAAAGUGCAGAUCGAAGCCAUUGAGGGAGGUGCCCUGCAGAAGCUCCUGGUUAUCCUGGCCACAGAACAGUCCCUGGCUGUCAGGAAGAAGGCUCUCUUUGCUUUGUCCUCCAUGCUGAGGCACUUCCCCUAUGCCCAGCAGCAGUUCCUCAAGCUGGGCGGCCUCCAGGUGCUCAGGAGCCUCUUCCGGCAGAAGGGAAUGGAGCCCCUCCAUGUCCGUGUGGUGACACUGCUCUACGACCUCAUCAUGGAGAAGAUGCUGCUUGAGGACUCCCAGCACGGAGAGCAGAUGGAGGAGAAAAUCCAGCAGUACCAGCAGGUCAGGCUGGUGCCGGCGGUGGUGGAGCAGGGCUGGUGUGCCCUGGUGCCCAAUCUGCUGGCCAUGCCCGAGCAUGACACCCGUGAGAAGGUCCUCAAGCUGGUGGGGGUCCUGGUGGCCUUCUGCAGGGAGCACUACCGGGGGGACCCCACCCUGGGCACCACCCUCAGCCUCCUGCGCAGCGAGUAUGAGGAGCUGGCGGCCGAGGAGCAGAGGGAAGGGGACAAGGACGGCUACUUCAGGGAGCUCCUGGGCUCUAUUAACACCAUCAUCCAGGAACUGAGGUGAAACUGGGGGUUCUGUCCAGUUUCAGGGAAUUCAGGGUGACAGCAGGUUUGGAUGGCACCAGUGCAGAUGCAUUUUGGAAUAAAUUGCUGGACUAAAUGAGA